AUGGAGCAUAUGUGGACUUUGUCCAUCGAAAUGGGCUGGUUUGACCCAAAUAGCGACCAAACGAGGGAGGACGCUUUGCUCCUUGAGAAGCAGCGGAUGCGACUUGAUCGUCUCAAAGCGACUGGGAUGGGUAUGAAAGGCACAAAUCCAAAUAGUGCCAAGCACGAGCUCUCUCAGCGAGGCCCGAGCCAGAUUGUUUCGUACAGUUCCCGCUUUAUGAACAAGAUCAGUGAGGUCACGGACGAUAUGAAUGUCUCUGGGAGCUUAUCGAUAAAAUAUGGCACGAUCGGCGGGUCUGGCAAGGGCUCCUUCAUCGACUCGGACAAGUUCAAGGAGAGCGACAGCAUCGAUGACUGCCUGGGUUGCACCCUGAGGCGCCACAGGCUCGGCGAUAUCUUCCUCGAUGUAUUUCUCUAG